AUGAAAAGCCCGAUUUUGGCAAAGGCGUUGCGCGUGUGCACGCGGUCGCCAGAGCCGUGCGCACGCGACUGCCAAACAGCCGAUCGAUAUGCAUCAACCGCACUGGCCAAUGGGAAGUGCAUGGACGUACGGGGGCGAGUAUAUAGCGGUGCUGCUCAUACUUUAUUAGUCAUGUUGGAAAAGGAAAUCGCUGAUACAUAUCCUCUACACUACCAAGUUUGGAGGAACGACUACUUGAACCUUGAGGAGUUGUUGCUUCAGAAGAAGUAUGACAUAGAGGCACUGGACCCACAUGGUCGUACUCCACUGAUGCUUAGCGUCACUCUGGACCAUCUUGAGUCGACCAGAGUGCUAUUGCGUCACAAUGCGAAUGCCUGCUUCAAGCGAAAGGACUACUGGUCGGAGGAAGAGUUGUCAAGAUUCAUUCGAGUUGUCAUAAACGGCCGUGCGUGGCUAAGCGUAGUGGGUGCGGCCAAACGGUGGGUAAAUCUACGUGGUGGAUUUCUCUGGGAAAGAAAGUCGGACACAAAUUACAAACACGAAGCCCCAACUGGACACCCAGAGCCAAACCUACCCCGUUUAACCAGCAAAUGCCAAGAAAAAUUUGAUAACCACUUGCACGCACUUGAGUUGUGUCUUGUGCUGGAUCCUGGUCGUAAAUUUUUUGGCCUCAAGCAAGCGAGCAAUUGCGGCUUCAGUUCUACACUACACAAUGCAAGCAGUCUUCUGAGGUGGGCGGGAAGUGAUUCCUGCCUCAGAAAUGUGAUGUGGGUGGUGUACGGGUUGUUUCAGAGUGACCGACGAUAUGUUUGUUCGAAUAAUGAUCGUCACAAUGCAAAAAGGCAUGUACAACGGCUUCGACUUUCCCUUUUCUCGAUUUCAGUCACUCAAGAGGCUAUUAGCACGGGUGAUCCGGAGUUGCUGAAGAUAGUCCUCACCCACCGCGACUCGCACAUGCUGCAGAACCAGGCAAAAAUCAUCACUGCGUUGUUGGAAAAGCUCAAGGCUACGCCCGACUUCUACGUGGAAAUCAAAUGGGAGUUUACCAGUUGGUCUUCUAAUCGAGUUUCCACGGUUAAAGAUUCUUCCAUGACAAAUGUUACUCUCGCCAAGACGAAUCUCCAUGCAGUGCCUCUGGUCUCGCGAAUGUGCCCAAGUGACAUCUGCCGGGUGUGGAAGCAGGGCCCCAACGUGCGCAUCGACGCCAGUCUCAUUGGUUUCAAUGGAACCUCCUCUUGGGUCCGUGGAAACAUGUCCUACAUCUUCCGCAUCACCGAGCAAGGUGUGGUGAUGGACGAAGUGAAUCACAGUGAUCGCAGCAUUUACCGUCACUCCAUCGGAUCGUUGCUCUCUGCUUCCGCCUCCGCCUCCUCCCCCGCCGCCGCUUCAAACUCCGCUACAGCCGGAGCUGGUCCCGUUGUAGGUGCCGGAGCCGGUGCUGGCGUUGACUCGCUCCUGCACGCGCCCUCCGACGAUUUAAUCGCGAAGAAACUCACUCAACCCAUCUUCGUAACCUUCCUUGACACGGAUAAAAUCGAAUUCGUCAAGAGCAAAAGUGGAAUGUUCGGAUGGGGAUCCGACAGAAAGGAGAACAUCAAUGGGCAUGAAUGCCAGGUGUGCAGCGCAGCAAACGUACAGAUUGUAACUCUACGCAGAACGGAGCACCUGACGGAGGAGAACCUGCGCGACAUUCAAGAGUCGCGCGCCAAUAGCGGUAACGACUCCUCCGCAGUCAGCAACAACCCUCUCACCAAUCUACUGGGUGGACAGAACUUUGAAAAGUCGCGCCAUAUCCAAAUCACCAAUGAGGCGGCCAGCUACAAUCCGAGCAACAUCACAAUGGAGGAUUACUUCUCGCAUGACCCGAGCGUCAAGCCGAAGAGUGAGAUCGGUCGACCCAAAGUGAUGACCGCAAAGUUGAAGACUUACAAGGCCCAUCUCUGGCUGUGUGAGGACUAUCCGUUGUCGUUGAAGGACCAGGUUCUGCCCAUCGUGGAGCUGAUGGCUGAGUACAAUCCCUUCUUCCAUAAGCUGGAGGAAUUUCUAACCAAAAAACUACCUCCUGGAUUUCCCAUGCGUGUUGAAAUACCAUUGUAUCACAUCCUCAACGCCUGCGUGACCUUCGGCAACCUCUACGGUGGAGAUGCACCUGCGUACGGAGUAGUCUGCGACCGCACCGCGACCUCAUCUACAAACACGUCCGCUGAACCCCUCGUCGGUGGCAAUGGCAGUAGUGGUAGCGUUACCAACAAGAUCGAGCCCACCUCAUGUGUUGUGGAAGAUUGUGUCUUUGAUGUCGGCCGUGGCUACCACCUCAUUGAGGAGACCUCGCCAGGCCACUUUGGCACGAUAGACGAGGAGGAACAACUUGUGCAGAUGGCGGUUCAAAGAUCCCUAGUUGAGUAUGGUGGCGCGGAGCACCUUACCCAACGUCAGUACUCUCUCGCCAAGCGAGGGGUUGUUGAAGCCCGUCCGGGUGAAUACGUGGACCCCGAGGAGGCAAUGAUGCAGGAGGCAAUCGCGGAGAGCUUCCAGGUGGAGAGCGGGCUGAACGACCUGGAGCAGCAGUACCUGAAGGCACUCGAGCUGUCACGAGAAGAGGUGCUGCAGGAGGAGGAGCGACGCAAGCGGGAGGAGGAGGAGCUGGAGCGUGUGCUAAAACUCUCAUUGGUGGAAAAUUAG